AUGGAGAUCAACAUUCAAGGCAUGAAACUUGAGAAGUUCGUGUUUAAAAGGGUUUCAGCAUUAGCUCCUCACAUCUGUGAUAUUCGGUGUGGACAAGAAAUUACCUGCCAAAGCUAUAACUACAACAGAAAGGAGAAGAUCUGCGAAUUGAACAACCGCACCAAAGAGGCGAGGCCUGAAAGUUUUCGCUCGGCCCCUGGUUGGUUUCAUAUCCGGCGUUUAAACGGAAGGGGUAUGUUUUAAGUUCAAGAAUGUUGACUCGGAAAGAUUUACUCAUAAAGUAUAUUUUAUGGCGCGGUAUGUAGUUGCUGAUGCAGUGAGAAGGCCCUACUCGUUCGCACGUUAUGACUGAGAGCAAAGUGUUUUCGGGUCCGGCACGACCCAAUUCAGACAAGGAGCGUUUUAUCCUAAGACUGUCGAUCUUCUUCUGGCUGACAAUUUUACCAUAUUACAUCACGCCGGACCGUAAGCCAGCUCAUGCAAGUUUUUCCAGCUCUGUUCUCAUGAUCGCGUACGGCCCUCACGAGGAAUGUUUUGGGAAGACUAUCACGUAUGGGUUCGAAUUCUAACCUCAAGAUGUUGUUUUUAUUUUUGCAUCGUGUUUUGCUUGAAAGUUUCUGUCUUUUAACGGUGUCGCCGUGAGCAACCCUGACAGGUGCUUCUUUAGGACAUUUACAGUUUUUUUUUAACAAACUUCAUUUUCAAGAAAAAUAUUGAGUUAGGUUUUUCCGAUAAACUUAUCUUACUGCUUCUGUGUUUUAACACAUUUGAAAAAAAUGUUAGUUCUGAUGCUUAUCUAAGAGAAAUGAAAGUGGGGAAAAAAAGGUUGAAUUUGUUAAAACGUCAAGUUAUUCAUAAAUGAUAUUUACCUUUGAUGUUUUCAUAUUUAAUAGUAUUUUUAACAUGCUUUAAUAACCGUUUUACCCUUCGCUUUCAGAGUAAGGUAAGAAAAAUUCGAAUGAAAUACUCCACCACAUUUCAGUGAGUUAGAUACAUUUAUGCACAUAGAGGAAGAUGUUUUUCGUCUUGUCACGAGCGUGGGACAAAGAGAAAAUUACCUACUAUCUCUCUUAUUCUAUUUAGAAAAACAGGACGCUGUCGACAUUCUAGCAGUAUGCUGGACGUGCGUCAUGUAUGAACUUCGUAAUGGGCCUCGCCCACCUUAGAGUCUCUGAGGCUCAGUGGUACAUCGGAGCGCGGAAACCGAAGGUCUGAGGUUCGAUUCCUCAUGGGAACUCAGAACUUUUUAUUUGUCCCACGCUCGUGACAAUACGAAAAAUAUCUUUCUCUAUUUCUACCGAGCUCAAAACUUAAAAUUUUUGCAAAUUAUCUAAGUAGUUAUCCCACGAAUUAAUUUUGCAAUCUUUUAUGUAUUGCAGCACCUCUGGGUUCUAUUCUGGAAUUACCAGCAAUGUCUUGCCAAGAAAUAAAGGCAAGUGAGGGAAAAGAUUCCACUAGCAACAAGUACUGGCUGAAUCCAACUGGUAAUGGAAAGACAAUGUUGAUGUUUUGCGAUAUGAACUUUGGGACUGGAGGUUAGCCUAUUUCAUUUUAUCUCAACCUAUACCUGUCAAAAAAAUUUUUUUUUUGGUUUUUUGUUUUUUUCUGUUAAUUUCUAUUUCACCUAUUCUUUCAUUAUUUACCAUUUAUCUCCUAGACAUCGAUGAAUGUAAGAGUGAUAUCUUGCGCUGUGACGUGAAUGCAAACUGUUCAAACACUUAUGGCUCGUACAAAUGCACAUGUAAGGAGGGAUACAAUGGAACUGGACAUGUAUGUACAGGUAUGAUGAACUUACUUCGUUUUAACCUCUGCUUACGGUUAGGAACUGGCAUUUUGUCAGUCGAAUCCGAAACUUUUCUUGGUUGCUUCCCCAUUUUGUAUUUCCUGAAAGCUUUUCUUCCAAAGAUUGAGCUGAGUAUCUAUCGUGGUCAGAGAUACCAAAUUCGUCUUAAUUAAUUAACUUAAAAACGCUGAAAACAAAACGUAACCAAUGUCUAUCCAUCUUAACCGAACAAGCUUGGUCAAUAAAGGAUCUAUCACAUAGAAAAAAUAUUUUGUUUUGUUAAAAAUCAAGAAAUACUUGUUUAUUUCAAGAGAUGGGAAAGAGAGCCGACUGUUUUUGAAGCCCAAUAAACCCACGACUUUUCUUUAUUUUGACCGUCUUCUACUGCUUUUUGCGACUCCGUCGCUGACACUGUCCAUAACUUACGAACUCUUCUGUAAGUUCGCUCCGAGCAAUUUUCUUUCUUGCACAGACUUAAACCGUGCAAUCCCAAGCGGGCAUGAUGGACCCAUUUAACCGCUCAGGUAGCCAAUCAGAAGACAGGAUUCGCUUCAAAAUGCGCAAGGGCACUGGCAGCGAUAUAAUAACAACUAAUACUGAUAGAGUCGUCCAUAUUUCUCGUCAGAAUCAAAUUAAAAUGUAGUCUAAGUAUUGCCAGAAGUAAAUUAUCCUUUAUCAACCUUUUAAAUUACUUUCCUUAGCUUACGUUAUCUUUUUUCUUUAGAUAUUGACGAGUGCGCAAAUUCCAGCAUCAUUUGUGGUGUGAAUGCGACCUGUGUAAACACAAAUGGUUCUUAUGGUUGUAGUUGCAAGGAAGGAUCAGCUGGAGAUGGUGGUGUGUGUUCAGGUAAAUUAAGUUUCUUUAGGAUGGAAUGGGAAUAUGCUAAGAGAUUGUAUGCUCACUGAAAGAUAUUACAUCUAGUAACUGUCCAAGUAGGAUAAUCGUCAAGUUGGAAGAACAAUCAAAAUAAAAACAGAAAGAGCCUUUCUUAGCAACCAGAAGAUUUCUCUCUGCCUUAAAGGGCAACAAUGAUACUGUGUUUAUGCCCAAACCAGAAGGUACUUGUGGAGAAGUUUUCCUUAAAAGAAAUAUUACGGAGGUCUCGGUUUAAAGCGAUUUUAGAUGUCAGGAUGUCUGGAUUCCAUCUGAAAUUUUUCCUCUUUGUAUCCUGUUUCUUUAAAGAAGGUAUUUUUAACCUUCGAAAUUUGAUAAUUGAAAGGAUAGCAUAAGCUCAACUCUGUAAACUGCCUUGGUUAAUAAUUACUUCAAUAUUGGAUACAAGUAAAGUAAACAGUAGUUUCUGAAUAUAAAAUCCUCAGUUCAUGAAACUCGAAUUACCUAUUCACAUAACUUCAGAAAAACUGAUAAUAAUAUACAACAGCCAGUAUUUUACAAAGCUUAGCAAGGUGAAAUAAAUAAAUAAAUAAAUCAAGAAGAAUGAAUAUUAUACAAAAUCGUAAUUAAAAAAUUACUAGGAAAAGUUUUGCCCCACGUGCUUCACUCCUUUUGCUGCGCAUGCGAUCCAAAACUAAAAGGUCAACAAUGAUAUGAACCCGUUUUUUUCAUACUGAUUUGAUAUUUGCUGAAACAGAUGAUGGAUGCCGCCACAUUGUGUGGAAUCAACCAGUACAAGACAAACUCAUGCAGGGAAACGUAAUCAGAAGUAUGGAGGUACCUCAUGAGGGCAGCUGUAAAGUAAUUUGUUAUAUGGAGCCUAAUUGUGUGUCCAUAAAUGUUCGACCUGCUACUCAAGGAGGAAACUUCAUUUGUGAGUUAAACAAUGCUACGGGAGGAAAUAAAAGAUCGUCUGCCCUACAAAGUAAAGAGGGUCAUAUCUACGUUGCCAUUGAGGUACUUCGAACUGAUUUCAUAUGGCCAAAAAUAUUAUUUUAAGCGAUCCUUUUAGCAGUGACGUAACGAGAGCGUAGACAAGAAGUUAAGAUUGCAUAUUAGAGGAUCGAUUACUUGCAAGUAAAAUGGUCUAGAUAUAACGCACUUUAAUAGUAGCUUUAAGAUAAAGCAAUGGACGAAUAUGUGAGCUACUCAAAACUAUUUAUAAGACGGAAUUUAUUUUGUUUCUAACAGAAUCUCUGCAGCAGCAGUUCCUGUUACAACAAUGGCACUUGUCAAGCUGGAUACACCGAUAAAGGAUUUCGUUGUAAAUGUCCUUCAGGGUUCACUGGCGCAUACUGCAAUAAAGGUACAUACAGAACUAUAAAAUGUAAUUUACGACAUCGAAUGAUAGUCAUAGAGUAUUCCGCGGGAUAAACAUUUCCUCUUUUUUCUUUCUCACCAGCUUGCAGCCUUGACUUUGAAGAUGGAAUUGGUGGAUGGGAAAUGACAGGCACAGCUUUCAUUCACCAACCAACAUUUGGUGACAAUCCAGCAGCACGCAACAGAGAAAGUGCCCAGCAGCAAGGGGACUGGUGGAUAGGGGGGGCUGAGAAUCGAACCAGCAAGAUCGAUCCGGCAGGAAAUCGGCCUCCAGAUGGUGGUGAUUCUUCCCAGGGCACUCUCAUUUCUCCUUGUUUCCGUAUCGUUGGCAAGAAUAUCUCUUUUCUCAUCGGUGGAGGAUGCAGCAUAAGUGAUAUUCGUGCGGAGCUUAUUGUCAACAAUCAGGUGAGAUUAUUCACUUUGACCAUCAUGUUUCAUUUGAUUAUUUUGAAACAACCUGGGUAGAUUUAUCAAAGUAUCAGAGAUUUGGUCUUUCAAAACUGCGAAACCAUUUUGAGCUUCGUUAUAUCCGUGAGAUUCGUUUAAGUUUACAAUAAGCUAUUUAGAAGGAAAAAAAUAUAUGUUAAAAAAAGAAAAGCCAAACGUUUUCAGGAUAAAUGAUGGUGUCUCGAAAAUAGCUCAUUUUGAGUUUCCUCAAGAGAGGUUCCACGAGGGAACCGAGCUCGCGUCUGGCGCACAUUGAACAUUGCAAUCAGCACAUUCAAUACGGUAAUGUCUUGAUUUCAGUAGAAAGAGGUUGCUCUUUAUUUGAAUUGAUGUAUGAUACAGUCAUGAUACAUAUGUCAACAUUGAUCGAAACAAAGGUUUAAAACUGUUUGCUAUGUUUGUUGUUGCAUGCAGGUUGUCAGAAAAGAAACAGGGAACUGUUACGAGACAAUGUAUCGUAAGAGCUGGGACGUAAAAGAAUUCGUUGGUCAAUACGCCCAAGUCAGACUAGUUGAUGAAAGGAGUUGUUUUUGGGGUCACAUCAACUUUGAUGACCUUAGAGGAGAUAUCAUUUGUCCUCACUACUUAGACGAAAACAACUGAAAGGAAAGUAAGGGCACAAAGGAUAAGCGUUUUUCAGGUUUUUGCAGAUAGUCAUCUUGUGACUAUACAGUAAGGUUUAACAGCUUUUGAUGGUACAUGGUUCUUUUGAGGAGCACUUGCUUUGUGUUAGCAUCGAUAGGAACACUCACUCUGUUUAUAGGAACAGUAGAAAAGUAUUAUGAAACAAUUUUAUGCGCGUGGCAAACAAUGUUACACAUAUCAUCCACUUAUUAUAUUGUAUUACCGCGACAUUUUUAAAAAAUGAAAGUCUUUUGCUGUAGAUGCUAGCAAUCAUAUCUUAGAAUGCUUCUUUUUGUUGUUGAAAUAUCUGUUGAAGCUAUGAAUACUCAAUAUAUUUUCUUUGAAAAGUCCAUAGCUGUAAAAACUCCCGGUAGAUUUUGUUCAGGAUUACAGAUUGAAGUUAUUCGAGUGAGCUUCCAAAAGCGGUUUUUCAAAAUUGCCAAACUUAUACUACAUUUUUUAAGUGUAAUCCAUUGCAAUCAGCACACGCACCAUAUAAGAACUGACUGCGACACACAAAAUUCCUUUCAAUACAUUUAUGAUACCUACGUCAGCGUCGAUGGAAACAAGAGUAUAAAAUUUUUUGUGCUUGUCAUUACGUUAAGGUUGUCAGAAAUGAGACAGGUAACUGUUCGGAGACUAUGUACCGCUAGAGCUGGAACGUAG